AGGUUCUGGAAAACAUUAACAAAACCAAUGAAUGGCUUGAUCUUCACUCUCCGCUCCAGAUGACUUGCCCUGUUGUUUUUAAUGCUUCUGCUGUUAGAUGUCGUUUGUUACUGAAAAUGGAGAUGUUACUGCUGGAAAGCCAAAUGAAGAGAAAACGUAUAAAAAGACUGCAUCCUCAGCUAUUAAAGGUGCUAUCCAGCUGGGAAUAGGAUACACAGUAGGAAACCUUACAUCUAAACCGGACAGAGACGUUCUUAUGCAAGAUUUCUAUGUAGUGGAAAGUGUCUUCCUACCGAGUGAAGGGAGCAAUCUCACCCCUGCUCAUCAUUAUCCUGACUUCAGAUUUAAGACGUAUGCACCUCUUGCCUUCCGCUACUUCAGAGAACUUUUUGGUAUCAAGCCUGAUGAUUACUUGUACUCAAUCUGCAGUGAGCCUUUAAUUGAAUUAUCCAACCCAGGUGCCAGUGGGUCCUUAUUCUUUGUGACUAGUGAUGAUGAAUUCAUCAUCAAAACAGUUCAACACAAAGAGGCUGAGUUUCUGCAGAAGCUGUUGCCGGGUUAUUACAUGAAUCUGAACCAGAAUCCAAGGACUCUUCUACCCAAAUUUUAUGGACUGUACUGCGUUCAGUCAGGAGGCAUUAAUAUUAGAAUUGUUGUAAUGAACAAUGUUUUACCACGAGCCUUGAAAAUGCAUUUCAUGUACGACUUGAAAGGCUCCACAUACAAACGGAGAGCAUCGAGAAAAGAGAGGGAGAAGUCCAACCCUACAUUCAAAGACUUGGAUUUCUUGCAAGACAUACAUGAAGGGUUGUAUUUUGACUCUGAAACACACAGCGCACUAAUGAAAACACUACAGCGGGAUUGUCGAGUUCUAGAAAGUUUUAAGAUCAUGGAUUACAGUUUGCUACUGGGAAUCCACAUACUGAACAGUAACAUGAAGGAAAAAGAGGGAGAGAGUUCCCAGAGUGUAUCAGAUGCGAAACGUCCUGGAGGGCAGAAAGUUCUUUAUUCCACAGCCAUGGAGUCCAUACAGGGCUCUGGGAAGUCAGGGGACUCCAUUGCCACAGGGACAACAAAUACAAUGGGAGGUAUUCCAGCUAAAAGCCAUAAAGGAGAAAAGCUGCUUCUGUUUAUGGGUAUUAUUGAUAUUCUCCAGUCUUAUAGGUUAGUGAAGAAGCUGGAACAUUCUUGGAAGGCUCUUGUUUAUGAUGGGGACAGUGUUUCAGUUCACAGACCAAGUUUUUAUUCAGACAGAUUUUUAAAGUUUAUGAGUACAAGAGUUUUCAAGAAAAUUCAAGCUUUAAAGUCUUCACCUUCGAAGAAACGAUGCAAUUCCAUCACAGCCCUAAAGGCAGCAUCACAAGAAAUAGUGUGCGCAGUUAGCCAGGAGUGGAAGGAUGAAAAGCAUGGCAUUCUUGCUGAAGGACAAAGCUAUGCCAGCCUUGAUGAAGAAGUACUAGGUUCACACCAUCGACCAGAUCUAGUUCCAAGCACUCCAUCUCUGUUUGAAGCAGAUUCCUUGGCAACCACAAUUUCUUCUUCUUCCCUGAAUGUAGAUGAGCAUUAUCAAUGCGAUCAACCUAUGCUGCAUUCUAGCAGUAAAGGGGUACCUUCGAGUUCAACAUUCACUUUAGAAGACAGUGCUAUCUAUCUGACUUCAGAACAGAGCACACUGGAAGUGGAAAAUGAUAAUACUUCGGUUUUGGAUGUAUACUUAGACACAGGUACAGAGACAUCUUCAGUUUGCAGCUGAAGGGCUGGUCUGGGUCCAGAGUUCUUCAGUUCUGAACAAAGGCCAGGUUCAGCAAACCAGAAUUUUGUGCACCUGCCAUUCUAAGCAGCACUGUUAGGAACAUCCUCAAAUCCAAGUUUACUUUAAAAUUCCAUUUGUUUACUUUUGCCUAAAUCUUUUAACCCAGAUAAUAACCUAAGAAGUGUAGCUUUUAUGAAUAAAAUAUGACUAACCAUGAUCUGCACUGAGCAGCAAGUAUAAGCCAAUCUAAAUUAUUUCCAAAUAUUCUAGUACUAUACAAUGAGAAACA